AUGUUUACCAAUCCAGCCAGUGGGCAGUCUCAACCCUCAUGGGUUCCAAGCGAGCAAGACAUGAUGAUCCAAACAGAGUCGGGACCGUUCGUACAAUGGAUUGAAGACUACCCGUUGCCACCCGGAGGAUUGCCGAAGGGAAUAGAAAUGUAUGAUGGCAAGGGUGAUCCCGACAAUCACCUGAAGCACUUCAAUGGCAUGAUCAAGAUGCAACGUUGGAAUGUUCCGGUUGCUUGCCAUAUGUUUGCUCUUACUAUGAAGGACGUAGCCCGCGCUUGGGUAGACAGACUACCGGUCGGGAGUGUAGUAAACUUUGAAGAUCUUAAGAGAAAGUUCAGAUCCCACUUCAGCCAGCAGAGGAUAUACCAGAAGAUCCAUUUGGAAGCACACAACAUAAAAAGAAGAGAAGGUGAAAGCAUACACAAUUUCAUUACGCGAUACACGGAUGAAAUAUCACUCAUCAAAGGUCUGGCUGAAAGUCAAAAGAUAUCCGGUUUUGUGCACGGACUGAGAUUCAAGCCAUUGGUCGAAUUUUUAUCUACCGACCUCCCACAGACAUAUACAGCUCUAACUGACAAGACACACAGUUUCUUGCUUGCAAAGGACACGGCUGGUAACUUGGGAGGGGUGGAGCCAGUAGAAGGAAGUCCGUAUUUCAAUCCGCAACCUUAUGGAAGGGGCGGGGGACGAGGCCAGAGGGGUCGUGGAGGUAGAGGACAUCACUUCUCUCCAUAUCAGCGAACGCAAGAUCAUGCUCCUGCCAAUCAUGGCACCCCGAAUAAUACACAAAGACCCCCACGGGAUGUAUUAGCUGAAGAAAGAUCACCACCAAAGCCAAGGUCACAACAGCGGGGGAAAGACAUGAGCAAAUUCUGUGAUUAUCAUAAUGUUCGCGGUCAUGACACAAAUGAUUGUAAAGUAUUCAAAACCAAGGUAGAGGAAGCAGCCAAAACUGGAAGGCUGGCCCAGUUCUUAAAAGGCUUGAAAAAGCAAGGGCCAAAAGAUAAUCAAGGAAGGCAAGAUAACACUGAAGCUCAAGCAGCAAGGCCGGAGGUAAUGGAAGCACCCAUAACCAUGAUAAUUGGUGAAGUUCGACGAGAAGAGCAGAUACCAGACAAAAGUGAGCCAUGGAAGUCGGUGGCGAUCAGCUUCCCGCCCAUUGAAGAGAAAGAUGCAUCAGAUGACCCAAUUGUGAUCCAAGCGAUCAUAGGGAAACACCAAGUGAAAAGAGUGCAUGUAGACACCGGAAGCGGGUGUGAAAUUAUGUACGACCAUUGCUUCCAAAGAUUAUCGCCAACUCUCCAAAAGUUAAGGAAAGGCUCAGCAAGUUCCUUAAUUAGAUUCUCGGGGGAAAGAGCAUGGUCACAAGGAGAAGUAGCUCUACAGGUAACUGUGGGAGAAUGGCCGAGGCAACGUACGGAAGUGUUAACGUUCACCAUCAUCCGGGCCGACUCCCCGUAUAAUGUCAUCUUGGGAAGAGUGGCCAUGAGGAAAAUGGGGAUAAUCCCCUCCUCAACUCAUGCUGCAAUUAAAUUCCCAACGCCGCUAGGCAUCGGAUAUGUGAAGUCAGAGACACUUUUCAACCGAUAUUGUGCUAAAGUAGAGCCGCAAGAGAUGACUCCGGAGCAGGAAAAACUUGUAUUAUCUGGAGAAUCAGAAGAGAAAGUGUUCAUCAAUGACAAGUAUCCAGACCAGCACAUUUUGAUAGGCCGCCAACUCCCAACAGAGUACAAAAGAAAGCUAAAGGAAUUACUUGAAAGGAAUAAAGAUGUAUUCGCAUGGACACCAUCUGACAUGACCGGUGUCCCAAGGCAGCUAAAGAUAGGAAGUGAAGUAUUUGAUACCCAACACAAGCUAAAUGCGCGACCGCACAUUGAGCCAAUAAAACAAAAAAGAAGAAGUCUAGCCCCGGAUAGAUGCAAGGCCGCGCAAGAGCAAGUAGCAGACUUGGUCAAAGCAGGUAUCUCGAGGGAAGUCAAAUAUCAAAGCUGGGUAGCCAACCCAGUUAUGGUGAAAAAACAUGACGGAGGCUGGAGAAUGUGUGUCGACUUUACUGACAUUAACAAGGCUUGCCCUAAAGACUGCUACCCACUACCAGAAAUCGAUUGGAAAGUAGAGUCAUUGGUGGGUUUCAAGUUGAAGUGUUUUCUUGAUGCUUACAAAGGGUAUCACCAAAUACAGAUGUACCCCGAUGAUGAAGACAAGACAACAUUUUACACUGCUGGGGGCAUUUACUGCUAUAAGAAGAUGCCCUUUGGGUUAAAGAAUGCAGGUGCAACGUAUCAGAGGCUAGUAGACAAGGCAUUCGGAAAGCAAAUCGGGCGUAAUCUGGAGGCUUAUGUAGAUGAUAUGGUUAUCAAGAGUAGAAGCGAAGAAGACAUGUUGAUGGACAUUGAGGAAACCUUCAAGACACUCCGAGCCAUAAACAUGAAGCUGAAUCCAAAAAAAUGCACCUUCGGAGCGGAGGAAGGCCAAUUCUUAGGCCACAUUAUCACAAAGGAAGGAUUCAAAGCAGAUCCGGAGAAAGUAAAAGACAUCCUCAAUCUAAAACCACCAAGUAGCCUGAAAGAAAUACAAAGUCUCAAUGGAAAGCUUGCAGCCCUCCAUCGGUUUCUUUCCAACUCAGCGGAGCGCUCCCUACCCUUUUUCAAAACAUUGAAAGGGUGUUUGGGAAAGCACAACUUCAGCUGGACGGAAGAGGCUCAGAAAGCUUUUACAGAGUUGAAGGACUACUUGUCAAAUCUCCCCACCAUCACCGCACCAACGCCCGGGGAAACCUUGGUGCUAUACCUGGCAACCUCAGAAGAGACAAUCAGUGCUGUCUUAAUGACAAACAAAAAAGAGGGGCAAGUGCCAGUGUACUACGUAAGUAGAGUCUUGCAAGGCCCUGAAACUAGAUACCCAGAAAUUGAAAAGCUAGCUCUAGCUCUCGUUCAUGCAGCACGAAGACUCCGUCGGUAUUUUCAAGCACACCCAGUCAUGGUGCUAAUAGAUAGACCAAUAAAGCAAGUACUUACCAGGCCGGAGGUAUCCGGGAGAUUGACGAAAUGGGCUGUAGAGUUGGGGGAGCAUGAAAUUGAGUUCCAACCAAGGAACGCUGUUAAGGGACAAGUACUUGCAGAUUUCUUGGCAGAAACACCCUCGAAAGAGCCAAAGGCUAAAAGGAAGAUUAUCUUCGAAGAAGAAAAGGUUGAAGAAGCAAAAGAAGAAUCUGGAGCAGAAUCGUGGAAGUUAUUCACUGAUGGAGCCUCCAGCGCGGAUGCUUCCGGAGCUGGUCUGAUACUCACAAACCCGGAAGGGCAAGAAUUUACUUAUGCUUUACGCUUCAAAUUCAAAGCCUCAAAUAACGUAGCAGAAUAUGAGGCCCUUCUUGCAGGUCUCCGGAUCGCGAAAAAGGUGAAGGUAGAGCACAUCCAUGCAUUUGUAGAUUCACAAAUUGUAGCCUUCCAGGUGAAUGGAACGUAUGAAGCAAAAGAGCCCAUAAUGAAGAAAUACUUAAAGAAAGUAAGAGAAGUGAGACAACAAUUCAAGUCCUUUCGAAUACAAAACAUUAGCAGAAACAAGAACAAAAUAGCCGUUGCCCUGAGCAAGCUAGCAUCUACCUCAUUUGCACACCUUACUAAGCAAGUCUUAGUAGAGAUGCUUGAGAAAAGCUCCAUUGAAGAAGAGAUUGUAGCAGCUCCGAUUGAAGAAGAGGGUGAAACUUGGAUGACUCCAAUGAUGACAUACCUAGCAGAAGGAACACUCCCAACAGAUAGGGACCAGGCAAGAAAAAUAAGAAUCAAAGCCCCUCAGUAUACGCUAAAGGAUGGAGUGCUGUACCGGAAGUCAUACCUUGGGCCCCUUCUUAGAUGCGUAGGGCCGAGGCAAGCAAAGGAAGUCAUAAGGGAAAUACAUCACGGAGCUUGUGGACUACACUCUGGACCAAGAACAGUGGUGGCAAAAAUCACAACUCUAGGUUAUUACUGGCCGUCGAUGCACAAAGAUGCAGUAGAAGAAAUUCAAAGCUGCUCCCGGAAAGCUCAAGUUCUUAGUAGUGGCAGUAGACUACUUUACCAAGUGGGUGGAAGCAAAGCCCUUGGCGACAAUCUCAGGAAAAUAGAUGGAGAAAUUUGUUUGGGAGCAAAUAGUGACAAGAUUGGGAUACCAAGAGUAAUCGUGAGCGACAAUGGCAAACAGUUUUGUGAAGGAGUUUUCAGAACCUUUUGUGAAAAUUUAGAAAUCCAACAAUCUUUUACUUCUGUAGCCCAUCCGCAGGCUAACGGGCAAGUAGAAGUGACCAAUAGGGAGAUUGUGAACGGAAUCAAAGCAAGGCUAGGGAGAUGCCAAGACGGGUGGUUAGAUGAAUUACACCAAGUCCUCUGGGGUAUUCGAACAACACCUAAGGUAAGCAACAGAGAAACACCAUUCAGCUUGGUGUACGGUUCAGAAGCAAUGAUACCAGCAGAAGCAAGUGUUCACAUACUCCGUCGAGCCGUCAUUGAAGAAGAAAACGAAAACCAACUCAGAAGUAACUUGGAUCUGUUAGAAGAAAGGAGAGAGUUGGCAGCCAUAAGAGAAACAUUCCUACCAGGAGAUUAUGUCUUCCGCAACAACGAUGCAAGCAAAGCAUAG